AUGGGCCCCUGUACCGCCUCCUCAUGCUGCUGCCCAGGCCCGUAAUCUGUCAUGGGCCCCUGUACCGCCUCCUCAUGCUGCUGCCAGGCCCGUAAUCUGUCAUGGGCCCCUGUACCGCCUCCUCAUGCUGCUGCCAGGUCCAGAGUGUGUCAUGGGUUCCUGUACGGGCCUCCCAUUGCUGCUGCCAGGCCCGUAAUCUGCCAUGGGCCCCCGUACCGACUCCUCAUGCUGCUGCCAGGCCCGUAAUCUGUCAUGGGCCCCUGUACCGCCUCCUCAUGCUGCUGCCAGGUCCAGAGUGUGUCAUGGGUCCCUGUACGGCCUCCCAUUGCUGCUGCCAGGCCCGUAAUCUGCCAUGGGCCCCUGUACCGACUCCUCAUGCUGCUGCC